ACAGUGCAUCUGAGCAUCGUCCAAUGACGUCGCUACCCGAAAGCCAAUCAGCACGCCCUCUAUCUCGUCCCGUCUUUCGGACUUUUGCUAAUUGCCAUUGCCUUAAUCCCGAUGGCUCCCCUCCCAUUGCUGUCGUUUCCCGGUGCCCCAUACUUUUCCUGUUGCUGUGGAGCCUAUUAUUUUUCUCGUUAUCUCCGAAACAUAAAUAUCCAUCUCUCCGUCCGCAUUUGCUGCCUCACUGCUUCCGUCAACUGUCUCUGUCUUUGUUUUCUGCCGUUUGCCCUCUGCUUCCCUUCCUUUCGCAAACAUGCAAUGGGCGGCAAGCCUCCCAGAAGAUAGGGUGCGCGAGGGCCAUGCCCCCAGCAACCCUCUGCACAACAAUGCUUUGAACAGAGGCGAAGAGCGCCAAGCCAACUACGCCCCAGCAGGCCAUGCCCUCACCUCUGUACCCAGCCCCGAUGGUAGCGAUCACGACAAUCUUGAGGGCACCUGGGGAGAGCGUGAUGCUGGUAUCCAUAGCCCGCAAGAAGCCAUGGAAGAUUACGAGACAUUACGUCACAACCUGUCUGCUCUUUCAAGACCUAAAUCUGCAACUCGUUCCCGACCACACCCACAUCAUUCUACUUCUGGUGGCUCUGCGCUUCAUACGCCAAGUGACCGGAUUGCUCGCCGGGAAGAGGCUCAGAACUCCGAGCAUGCGCGCUCGGAAAUCGAUCUCGUAGAAGAGACGGAUUUGGAGAAAAAAGAGACGGAUGAGAUAGCCAAGAAUGAUAGCUCAGAUGCCGACGAGUUUGAGCUAGAGGAGUUUAUGCGCGCGGGGCAUUUUGAGAAGCGAACUGAUGGACGUUCGGCUAAGAGGGUUGGCGUUGUUUGGAAAAACUUGACAGUCAAGGGUACUGGAUCUACCGCGACGUUUGUGAGGACGUUACCAGAUGCAAUUCUCGGCACUUUUGGACCUGACCUCUACCACAUCAUCACUCGCUUCAUCCCUGCCUUAAGAAUGCAAAGGCAUGCCAAAACUCGCAACCUGGUCAACGACUUUACUGGCGUGGUAAGAGAUGGCGAGAUGAUGCUUGUCCUGGGACGACCUGGAUCCGGAUGCUCGACCUUCCUGAAAGCAAUAGCCAACGACCGAGACAGUUAUGCUGGCGUCGACGGCGACGUCAGUUAUGGAGGCAUUCCAGCGGCAAAGCAAAAGAAGCAGUUCCGUGGUGAAGUGAACUACAACCCUGAACACGACACGCACUUUGCUUCGUUGACGGUAUGGCAAACACUCCGGUUCUCCCUUAUGAACAAGACGAAGAAGCGCGAAAAGGGAGAAAUUCCAAUCAUCGUGGAAGCCCUCUUAAAGAUGUUCGGCAUCACGCACACCAAGCACACACUUGUAGGUGACGAAUACGUGCGCGGUGUCUCUGGAGGAGAAAGGAAGCGUGUGUCGAUUGCGGAAACGCUUGCUGGCAAGUCAACCGUCAUUUGUUGGGACAACUCGACCCGUGGUUUGGACUCUUCUACAGCUUUGGACUACGCCAAGUCGCUGCGCAUCAUGACGGACGUCAGUGACAGGACAACCUUCGUCACCCUGUACCAAGCCGGUGAGCAGAUCUACGAACUUAUGGACAAAGUCAUGGUUAUCUACUCGGGUAGAUGCAUCUACAAUGGACCCGGGAAGUACGCUAAGCAAUACUUUAUCGACCUUGGAUACUUUUGCCCUGAACGGCAGACGACACCGGAUUUCCUAACAGCAAUCACCGACCCUACCGAACGCCGCUUCCGAGAAGGAUUUGAACACCGCGCUCCGAAGACAGCGGAGGACCUAGAGAAAGUCUACAGGUCAUCAGAGGUCUAUCAAGGCGUCCUACGAGAUAUCCAAGACUACGAGAGACAUCUGGAGCAGAGCAGUUACGCAGACGCGAAGGAGUUUGAGCAGACGACGAAAGAACAGAAGAGCAAGACUGUGAGAGAGAAAUCGUCGUACACGGUCAGCUUCAUAAGGCAGGUGUGGGCCUGUACACUCAGAGAGUUCUGGCUCAUCUUCGGAGAUCGGCAAACGCUGAUUACGAAGUUCUUCAUUAUUGUCAGCAACGGCUUGAUCGUGGGCUCGCUUUUCUAUGGGCAGCCUCUGAACUCGGAUGGUGCUUUCACCAGGGGUGGUUCCCUCUUCUUUUCAAUCCUCUUCCUGGGAUGGCUUCAACUUACCGAGCUGAUGAAGGCUGUGAGCGGAAGAGCUGUAGUCGCUCGACACAAGGACUACGCUUUCUACCGCCCAUCUGCCGUGAGUGUUGCUCGUGUCAUCACGGACUUUCCAAUGCUGCUCAGUCAAGUCGUCGUGUUCGUGGUCAUCAUGUACUUCAUGACGAACCUGGACGUCGACGUUUCCAAGUUCUUCAUAUAUCUUCUGUUCGUCUACACAAACACCAUGUGCAUCACGGCCAUGUACCGGAUGUUCGCUUCACUGUCUCCAACCAUCGAUGAUGCCGUACGGUUCAGCGGUCUUGCCCUGAACCUGCUCAUUAUCUACACCGGUUAUGUGAUCCCGAAGCCGCAGCUUCUUAGCGACUACAUCUGGUUUGGCUGGAUUUACUACAUCAAUCCGAUUUCGUAUGCUUUCGAGGCUGUGCUCUCGAAUGAAUUCAGCGGGCGUACGAUGGAAUGUGCUAGUUCCAGUCUUGUUCCACAGGGCCCCGGAGCUGAUCCAAAUUACCAAGGAUGUGUUCUUUCUGGUGCAGCUGUGAACUCCAAGACCAUCUCCGGCUCAGACUACAUCGGCACUACGUACACCUACAGUCGCUCGCAUCUGUGGAGGAACUGGGGUGUCAUCAUCGCAUACACUGUGUUGUAUCUGCUAGUCACAGUUGCCGCAACUGAGUUGUUCUCUUUUACUGGAGGCGGUGGAGGUGCGCUGGUGUUCAAGCGUAGCAAGAAGGCCAAGCAAGCCAUGAAGGAGGGAGACAAGCCCGAUGACGAGGAAAAUGCAGCUGUGGCUGUGCCAGAAUCCUCACACGGCUCCGACGGAUUGGACAUGGCGAAGACAAAGUCCAGAGCUGAUGAGGCCCUCGAGUCGAUCUCCAACAGCGACAGCAUCUUCACCUGGAAGGAUGUCACUUACACUGUGCCCUACUUGGGUGGUGAGAAGCGGAUUCUGAACAACGUCAGUGGCUUCGCAAAGCCAGGAGUCAUGGUGGCGCUGAUGGGAGCCAGUGGAGCGGGCAAGACAACUUUGUUGAACUGUCUCGCUCAACGCCAGACAGUCGGUGUUGUGACUGGCGAUAUGUUCGUCGAUGGCAGACCCCUUGGCCUGGAUUUCCAACGUGGUACCGGCUUUUGUGAGCAAAUGGACUUGCAUGACGGAACUGCAACCAUCCGCGAGGCCCUGGAGUUCUCUGCGAUACUCCGCCAGGACAAGGACACUCCGCGCCAGGAGAAGAUCAGCUAUGUUGAUAAGAUCAUCGAUCUCCUUGAGCUCGAAGAUUUACAGGAUGCUAUCGUUUCCAGCCUCGGAGUUGAACAAAGGAAGCGGCUUACCAUUGGUGUUGAGCUCGCUGCGAAACCUUCUUUGCUCCUGUUCCUCGACGAGCCAACGUCUGGCCUCGACUCGAACUCUGCAUACUCCAUUGUCCGCUUCCUGAAGAAGCUGUCUCAGGCUGGACAGGCUAUUGUCUGCACCAUUCACCAGCCAAGCUCUAUCCUCAUUCAGCAGUUUGACAUGGUUCUCGCCCUCAACCCCGGUGGAAACACCUUCUACUUUGGCCCCAUCGGAGACAAUGGCAAGGACGUGAUCAAGUACUUCGCCGACCGCGGAGUCCAAUGUCCGCCAAAGAAGAACGUUGCGGAGUUCAUUCUUGAGACAGCGGCCAAGGGCGGACGUAAAUCGAAUGGAGCGAAGAUUGACUGGAACCAGGAAUGGCGAGACUCGGAGCAGAACAAUGCCAUCCUUGAGGAAAUUGACCGCAUCAAUACCGAACGCAAAGAGGACAGACAACCGCCCGCGAAGGGUGAGGCGCGAGAAUUUGCUGCUCCCGUGUGGCUCCAAACCACGACCUUGACCAAGCGCACCUUCAUUCAGUACUGGCGCGAUCCAUCCUACCUGUACGGCAAGCUCUUCGUAUCGGUCAUCAUCGGAAUCUUCAACGGCUUCACCUUCUAUAAACUGGGCAAUUCGACGCAGGACCUCCAAGACCGCAUGUUCACGGCCUUCAUGGUGCUUGUGUUCCCGCCCACGAUCGUCAACGCCGUCGUGCCCAAGUUCUACCAGAACAUGGCAUUGUGGCAGGCGCGCGAGAUGCCGUCCAGGAUCUAUGGCUGGUUCGCUUUUACGACGGCGCAGGUGGUGGCGGAGAUUCCGCCUGCAAUUGUUGGUGCCGUCGUCUACUGGCUGCUAUGGUACUACCCUACUGGGCUACCGACAGACACGCCCACGGCGGGUUACGUCUUCCUCAUGACGAUGCUGUUCUUCCUCUUCCAAGCCAGCUGGGGCCAGUGGAUCUGCGCGUUCGCGCCCAGCUUUACCGUCAUCUCCAACGUCCUCCCCUUCUUCUUCGUCAUGUUCUCCCUCUUCAACGGCGUCGUGCGUCCCUACGAACAACUCCCCGUCUUCUGGAAAUAUUGGAUGUACUACGUGAACCCGUCAACCUACUGGAUCGGGGGCGUGCUAGCCGCUACGCUGCGCAACCAACCUGUGCACUGCGCGCCAGCCGAGACAGCGCAAUUCGACGCGCCACCAGGGCAAACAUGCGGAUCGUACGCCGGCGCCUUCGCCAGCGCGUCCACGGGCGCGCUGCUCAACCCCGAGGCCACAGAAGGCUGCAUGUUCUGCCCCUACUCCAGCGGCGACGACUACCUCGCCACGCUGAACAUCAGCGCCGACGACAUGUGGCGCGACUUUGGCAUUUUCCUUGCGUUCUGCAUCUCUAAUUGGGCAUUGGUGUAUUUUUUCGUUUGGUCGGUGAGGGUGAGGGGCUGGGGGUUUGGCUUUGCUGCUGUUUUUGGUGCGGUGGCGAAGGUGGGGAAGAGGCUUGUGAGGGGCGGGAAAGGGGGGAAGAGUGAGGGUGAGGGGAAGGCGGAGGAGUAGUGUCUGUGUGUGUAAGAGUUUGCGUUUGUGGGGAGAAGUUGGAUGGGUAGAUGGCGUUUUCUGGACGGUUGGGAAUACCUUGGGAUGGGGAGAUAGAGGAUAAUUUGCUUAGAGAAGGGUGGAUAGACGAGAGAGAAGACGGGCGCGGAGCGUACGAGUUACGGUGUUUACGGCCUGCUUGGGCUUACGCCUCUGCCCGCCUGCUGGAACAGAUAACAUAACUAAUGGAGUGCAUGACGUACUUGGAUUCACGCAUCC